AUGCCGUACUCUGGGACAAGGAUAGUUAGCUUCAUAGUCGUCGGUCUUUUCAUAGUUGUUUCGUUGUUCUGGAGCUUCUCUGAAGAGUCCCAGGCUGCAGUCGAAUGCCCUGCAACCAAACCGCAUCGACCCUCCACUUAUCAUUUGCACAAAGCAACUCUUUCCAAAAUACUGCACAGCGAGGACUUUAGAAAUGCUUCUGUUAUGAAGUUGCAGGCUGCUAUCAGAACAAGGACUGAAGUUUAUGAUGACGAUCCCCUACUUGUUGAGGACGAUUUUACGUAUUGGUCAAAGUUUGAAAAGUUUGAACAACUGCUCAAAUCCACAUUUCCUCUAUUUUACAGCAAAACAACCCUUCAGAAGGUCAAUUACCAUGGAUUAGUGUAUAUUUGGGAGGGAAGUAACUCAUCCUUGAAGCCUCUGGUUCUAAUGGCUCAUCAGGAUACAGUGCCCGUCUCUAAUUUGACUCUCAACCAAUGGGAACACGAUCCUUUCAGUGGUGACUACGAUGGAGAAAACGUUUACGGUAGGGGCGUUGCAGAUUGCAAAGAGCAGCUUAUUGGAUUAUUGGAAGCUGCAGAAGAGCUGAUUAGUAGCGAGUUCUCGCCAAGAAGGACCAUUAUCUACUCCUUUGGAUUUGAUGAAGAAGUUGGAGGCCCCAGAAACAAAAAUGCCGAAUGGCUCGAACGGAAAUAUGGCAAAGACUCCAUGUAUGCGGUUCUGGAUGAAGGAGGAGUUAAUCUUGACAUUAUUCAGGGAGUCAAAAUGUCUGUUCCAGGAACGGCAGAGAAAGGCUACAUGGAUUUGAAAAUCAUCCUUGAGACCCCAGGAGGGCAUUCUUCAAUUCCACCUAGACACACUUCAAUUGGAAUUAUGGGCGAAAUGAUUGUGGAGCUGGAAAAAUAUGAGUUUCCAAAAUAUUUCACCAAAAAUAAUCCUGCGUUCUGGGAAUAUGUCUGCGUUGCAGAGCACUCUCCCGAAAUGGCUUCAUCCGUUAAAAAGAGUAUUCUAAGUGCCGGUCACAACCAGAAGGCCAACGAGAUUGCAAGAAAUUAUAUUGAUGUGGAUCUUGGCAAGGGAUUUGUUGUCAAGUCAACAAGGGCCAUUGACAUCAUAUCCGGAGGAGUCAAGGCAAACGCUCUUCCUGAAUAUGUGGAACUCACUAUGAACGUGCGGAUCGCCAUGGAGGAGACGGUAGCCACUGUGGUUGAUAGAGUUAUUGAUAUCAUUAAGCCAGUUGUUGACAAAUAUCAUCUUGGCCUUGUGUCUGACCUUAACGGACGUCAGGAACUCAAGCCUAGCACGCCAGCCGGAAACUGUCUCCUUAAGGUGGUUCAAGCCUUUCCGCCUGCUCCGUUGACGCCAACUCAAGGCAGCCAUUGGGAUAUAUUUGCCGGAACCAUCCACCACGUUUAUGAAGAUCUGGUGGCCCCAGACUCAACGGGCCUCAUUGUUGCUCCGGGUAUAGGUUCUGGAAACACCGACACAAAGUAUUACUGGAACCUCACAAAUCAUAUCUACAGAUACAAGCCAGGUUUAUUGCCAGGUGUGUACUCUAAGGAGCACGGAAUCAACGAGUUUAUUCCAAUGGACUCUCAUCUGCACCUGAUUGCGUUUUAUUAUGAGUAUAUCCUGAGUGUAGACGAGACGGACGACUGAAAAUUCGUUAAGCCAAUUCAGGAAAUUCUGAAGAUACAUUUUUCUUGAGCCGCAGUAGUUCACUAACAUAUAUGUCUCUUUUCCAAUCAUUGAUUCGGUAUAGCCGACAAAGUCACGAAGUGGAAGAAUGUCAGUUUUUACGAGAGGAUCUGUGGUUGUCAAUACUGUUCCCAUGUAAACGGCUCUGAGAUACGACUCCCCAUCGUUUCGUCCUUCCCAAGGCUCAAAAACAACCUCCGAUCCCAUUCCUGGCCAACUGAGAAAAUUAACUUGGACAGAUUCAAGGAUGCGUGCAAUGGCACCAUUAUAAGCUGCGUUGUGGGAGUAGUUGAGAUCUGAUCUCACGUUGGCUUUCCGAAAAAAACAGCGCUUUUGCUCAUUGAAGUAUGCUCUGUUGCUAGUUGCCGCAGAAAGAGACCAUCUCUCAUGAAACCGAAACUUGUAGUUGUACUCAAAAUCUGCAAGACGAGAAAUUUGUUCGGAUUGGUUCUGUGUCAUACAGAGCGAUGAGGUUUUGGAAUAACAUGCAUGAUCGUACCAAUGAGACAAUCUGAAUGCAGUCAAAAAAAUGAUCAAAAGACUAAUGAAAUCUUCUGAACUGGAUUAACACCAGACAGGUCGUCUGACUCAUCGUGUAGAUCUGCAGCCUUGGAUAAUAUACUGCCAUUUACUCGAUGAUGAGAUCUCUGAUUCCAUGGCAUCUGCAAUUUCGCAUUUAUUGGUGAGCUGGGGCGCUUCAAAGCCAUCAGCUUCCCCAUUCGCUUUAAGCUUUUUUUAGUGAGGAUACAUGGUUUUAAC